CAAUUAUUUUUGUUCUUUUCAUUUGGUUGUGUUCUGUUGUACCGUGUAGCGCGCUUCUAUUAUUUUGACGAUCCCAUUCUAGCCAGUAGUAGGCUUAACAACAAAGACACUGUGGUGUUUAAUUCAAACCAGUUCAACAGCUCCACAAAUUACAUCCACCAAAAUGGUCGCAUAGUUGAGUUACCGCAUUUCUUACACCGCUCCAACAUAAACUGGAUAUUGUAACAGUCGUGAAAGGGGAUUUAGUGCGGGAGCAUUAUAUUAGGAUGCAUACAUUUUCACUAGCGUACCUCACAUUUUGUCAGAAGAGUGUAGUUGUGGUAGAAUACAGUAUGUAUGUGUAUGAGUGUAAACCUGUUUAUGUGGUACCUAAAUGUGGUAUAUAUGUGGUACCUAAAUGGACCUAAAUAUGUGACCUGCAACAUCAGAAGGGACAAAACCUUGGACUCACUUUCUGCCAAUGAAAAGGGAUAGUACAGUUUCUCUAGAGUCCGGCUGAAGAGGACUUUCGUGGAUCAAGGUAUCUGAUGCCUCUUGGCAUUAAAGAGUCCUCUAAAAAAUUUAGAGGAUGAGAGGGGUCAUCCAUACCGGUUUUUAGCUUCCCUCUCACCCUCUCCUGUCACUACCUCCACACUCUCCACUUUCAUCCCCACCUCUGAGACUGCCUUGUCUGUUUGCACCACAAGUCCAAGUUGCACCGCACAAACACCACACAGCUAAGGAGAUUAUAAUGGUCACUACAGACUAGAUGAAUACCCAAGGCAGCCUAGUGCACACAUAAAAAGGACCCAGACCUCCUCAGAAAGUGUUUGCUCUGUCUUGUCCUAUAGUGGGCCUCAGCGUUGUCUGACUAGUCCAUUCUGGAGCUGAACAUUUCCUCUUCCUCUCCCAUAUGGUGAAAAGGGGUGGGGUGUCAGCAAGAAUGAGGAGCAUUGUCAGAGUGAAGAGGCCGAACAAGCUGCUGAAGAAAGAAAUGCAAGCACUAACAAGCAAACCAGUUUUUCAACUGAGAAAACCUCCACCUAUGAACACAGAUGAUAAAGGUUGAGAGUGCAUAUGUCUGUGAAGAUUCUCAGUCACCAAAGUUGAGGCUUUAUUUAAAAAUGGUGAAACAUUCUCAAGAAAACUCUUGUUUUCAAGUGCAGUUGCCUUUUAUUUAUUUAAGGAUUGUAGACACCCGGUCAAAAGUUUCUUAGGCUGGUACAAGAGCAAUCACCUCCAUCUCCAUAUCAAAAAAAAUCAAACUGACUUUAAGCAUUGAUUAUAGAUUAUGAUCCAACUGGUCAGGUUCCUAAAUAUGGCAAAGACAGCCAAACUGAGCUCAAAGAAAAGCUCAAGCAUUGGUGCAAAGCUCAAAAACUUACACAAGAAACAGAAAGUACAAGUGGCCUAUUUUCACACAUAAUAGCUUCAUGCUUCAGAAGUCGUUACAGGGUCAGCAAGAGUGGGUACAGUGUGAGUGAGCAAGAAGGCAGUUACUAUUUAUUGGUUCAAAGGAUGAGACACUGAAGAAUGACCUAGCAAAACCACAUCCACCAACGGACGGCAGUCUGACAGGUCUUUAGAAGUGAAAGAACUCUUGCUGCAUUUCACAGUGACUACUGGUCAAACGAACGGGACUCAUUAUUCAGAAAUAAAGUAAAGUGAACAGAGUAAACAGUUAUCCUUAAUUUGGAAAUGUUUUUCAUCAGCUCAGUAGACAAUAGGAUGCACCAGGAGCAAGCACAAACUCUGUCAAAUCCAAGAAUUACAAACUGGCCUAAGUUCUCCUUUUUUUUUAUCAUGAAUAAGCAAGUGUCACACUAGCUCAAAUCAUCUAUGUCAACUUUUAACACACAAACGCACACAAACAGAGACAAAACAGUCUUAUCUGCUCACUUUGACGGCUUUAAGUUAGUAAAACCCAUCUAAAUCUAUUAGCUAACUAGCUGAAUACACUCUUGAACCAAUGAGAAAUGUAUUGUGUACUAAAAUAUGUUGAGUUGGGUUGUUUUUUCAACAGUGUGCUGGCUUUCAUGCAAAUUUUCCAGGUAGAAAACCUGUAUUCCCAUUCUUCCCAACAUCACAUAAGCGCACACCUAGCGCUAACUUAGUAGAUGCUAAAUAAAUAAUAAUAAUACGUUUUAUGAUUCUAAUUUGCUGAUUAACCAACUACAUGUGCACAUCGUGUUUGUUCAUUCUGUUUUAUUUCUUCAAUUUGGUUCAAUUUGGCUUUAAAUUAAAGGACCAUUCAAACGGUGCAGUGAGUCGCCUACAUUUCCCAGAAUCCCUCGUCAUUGUUUACUGGAGCCGAACCGUUGCUGCUGUCAUUGUCAACUCAGCACGACUGUCCGGCCGUGUUUUAAUAUUAAUAAUGCAGCCUUUUCAGUAUUUACUCCGUUUGUUCAAAACGAACUACAUGUUUGGCUGAAUCUACGCGGUUUACGGAGCAGAAAACGGGAACAUGAAAUGGAGAUCACCCGGGCCAGACCGUCCUUGUUUGGAGAAAUCGCUCAUGGCCUCGGAUUCUGGACAGACCGGUCAGCGGUGCAUGAGGCUGCCGCUCACGGCAGAGCUCUCCAGCUGAAGCAGCUGAUUGAGGAGGGCGCAGCAGUGAACAUUGUUGCUGUGAACUCCAUCACACCACUGCACGAGGCGUGCAUACACGGGCAAACCCAAUGCGUCAGACUGCUGCUGGACGCUGGUGCUCAGGUGGAUGCUCGUAACAUUGAUGGCAGCACUCCACUGUGCGACGCCUGUGCGGCCGGAAGCCUGGAAUGUGUCAAGUUAUUGUUGGAGUAUGGAGCAGCUGUUAAUCCUCCACUGUUUACCUUCUCCCCCCUCCACGAGGCAUGCAUGGGAGGUAAUUCAGACUGCGUGCAGCUCAUGAUCGAUCGAGGAGCUUUCAUGGAAGCACACGACUGCCACUAUGGGACCCCGCUGCAUGUCGCCUGUGCCAGGCAACACUACGACUGCGCCAAAGUCCUCCUCAGUGCAGGGGCAAACGUGAACGCUGCCAAGAUCCACGAGACGGCUCUCCAUCAUGCAGCCAAAGUAAAGAACACUGAUUUGAUCGACUUACUUGUGGAGUUUGGGGGUAAUGUGUACGCCAGGGACAACAUGAACAAAAAACCCAUCCAGUACACCAGUCUGGGCUCUCCCUCUUACCUCUGCCUCGAGUUCUAUGAGAAUACCCCCCUGAGUCUCCAGCAGAUCAGCAGAGUGGCUGUGAGACGGACUCUCGGCAGAAGAGCAUGUGAAGUCGUUUCCCAGCUCGACUUACCCACUCGCAUCAUAAGCUUUCUUUGCUACGUUCCACCUCCAGCCAUAGAGAUUUAGUCAAAGCAUGACAAACUUGGAAGCAGCCCGUAGAAGGUUCAGUGCAGCUGGUCCUGUUUUUCAUAUGACAGGAUAUGACAAGUCUUAACACUGCCACACAUUUCAUUAGCUUAAGUACUCAGGCUGUUUACUUCAUGCCGCGUUCAUGCCGAAAAUGACAAAAGUUACGAAACAGCCGAGCGAGGACUUGUUGUUUGUGACAUCGUCGGUUUAAAUUUUUAAUAGUGAAACAAAUGCAUUUCAUUGGCUGACACGUCAACGGAGCCGUUUUCAAGCGGGCUCGGCUUUGGUGUGCAGCACGCCCAUCGCGUAGCAACAAGUGCAGAGCAUAAGUUCUAUUUUUCAUAUCACCAGCUUCCAUUUCGAAAAAAAAAACAAAAAUGAAAUGUAGCUCAUUGCUUUGAUGUGGCUCACGAGAACUCGGCACAUGCGAAGUUAAAGUGGCUCCUUUAGUUUGUUUGCUUCAUUCAGAGAGUUUUGAUCGUUAGAGAAAGCUAAAGGCAGACCUGAGACGUGUAGCAUGAGUUUCCAACACAUUCGGCGGAAACAGUCCAUGAUUAUUAUUAUUAGUAUUAAGUCCAAUGUUCAUGCCUUUUUACAUGUGUUUUAGCACAACGACUACUGAGAAAAAUAUAUUCACCAGCCACUCGUUUAUUUUAACUUUGAUGCUUGGCAGGUUGCGCGUAGCUUUGAAAAGAAAAACGACUGCUCAUUUAAUAGAUCAAACAACGUGACUGUUAGAGGCCCUGCGCACCAAUGGUUAAACUGACACAAGAGAAGUCUUUAUUGUGACUGAUUCAGAUCCUCUUUCAGGACGGUGAGAGUGUGUGCAGACUGUUGGGCCCAGUUCCACCUUUCAUGUCAUUUUUAGAACAUUUAGGAGUCUGGUGAGCUCACGUACUUUCCGGCACAGCUUCAACUUGAGCUGAGGUCGAAUUACACACAAUAACUGAACACAUCUGCGUGGGUGUACACCACCUUAACAAUUUAUACUCUUGGAACCAUUUGAGCCAGUGUUACUAUGAGAACAUAGUGUAUCUGUUGCUUCCUGGAGCUUGAAAUAUCAGUACACGGGCUUGGCUUGCACACCAAUACUACGUACAAAAGCUUCACCGUAGGAACCGGCACUACUUUAUUGAACCUUGCAGAAACAUGUAGUGUGUUUACUAGGAUUAUAUCAAUGUAUGUAUUUGUAUAUAUAUUCUGUAACUAUUUAUUUUGAAUGUAAAUUUGUAAAUAAUCCAAAUGGUUCUACCUCUGUUACGUUUCUAUAAAUAAAUAGACCACUACAGACUAUUUUAAACAUGA